UGACAGGAGGUGUAAUUCGAUAUUAGGGGGUGAAUGAGUAUCAAUCGAACAUGAAUCAACUAAAUUUGUUCAGAGUUCACAUUGAAUUGACUCGGGUCGACCUGAUCGGACCAAUUUUGCGUUGAGAAAAGAGCGGGAAAAGCACGGAACCAAACGAGAAAACAACAAAGCAAUUCAAAAAUCGAAAUAUAAAUAUCAAAAAAGAAAAAAGAGAAAACGAAGAUAACAAACAGUGAAAAAAUGGCGGAAGGAAACUCCGGCGCCGAUAUCCACCGUAUACUCGCCGCCGUUAAAUCCUCCGAGGUUGUUGAAGAUCGUGUUCAAUUGUUUACUGAUCUAGGAAAUUUAAGCUUGAAAGAAGCUUCAGAAUCCGAUCAUGCUUCCGUCAUGAAUUGCCUUGUAACCUAUUGGGAAACUUUCACAUGUUUGGAUGUUACCCAAUGCAUGCUAAACAGAAGUAUUCUACAGGUCGCCUUAAAAAACAUAGAUUUUAACCUACCUAGCUGUUUACUGCAAACUCUCAUUCUUGGAGUCAAGGCUAGUAUAUGGUCUGGCAAACAUCUACAAAUGACUCUUUUGUCGACAGAAGAAUCUCAGGAAGAUGAACACAGCUCUGUAUUUUACCAGCUUCUUUUGGAGAUCCUAAGAUUUUCAGCAUCAACUUUUUCAGCCUUGUUGAAAUUCACCGAUAUUAGUAACAAGGAAUUGAUGAACAAUGUUGAAAUUUUCACUAUAGAAGUGUUAAAUCUAACUAAAGAUUCUAUAUCUGAAGCCAAGAAAAUUCAAUCAUUUGGAUCAGAGAUAUUAAAGGCCACACACACGGUCAUUGAUGUUGUUGUAAAGCUAUGCAAGGUGCGUUCUGAAUUAAUAAACUGGGAGGCUUGUGAUGAAAAACAGUCAAGGUUUGACAAACCUAUUCAUGUUGUCCAUGCUAUCAACAUAACAAAAUACACAAUAGAAAAGCUGUCUCAAAUUGGUGUUCUUGCUGCGAAUGAUGGUGGCAGUUUAGUCAAUAUUCUUAGUAUCUCCUGGAAAGGUGUUGUUUCUUUGCUUCAAAUUGGUGGGGGGCAUCUUACAGAAGUGGAUAUAGCAAAUAUAGUGGUAUCUUUGCUUGUAUUAAUAGCCGAGCCUUUGAAAUGUGCUGCUGAGGUUUGGUCAUCAUCACUGAAUGAAACUAUUUCUGUAACUGAAGCUAAAAGGAUAUUUGUGCCAGUGAAAUUUUACCUGAUCAAUGCAGUUAAAAUAUGCUCACUGUAUCCUCAUCAGACCUACACGGUGUACAGGGAGAUCGCACAUUGCAUUCUCACUAUCACUUCAUUUUGGAUUUUAGCAAAUAAUGAAAAUCUUCUGAAAAAUGCAUCAGCAGUGAUAGCGGAGCUAUUGGAGGAAACAACCUUGGAUUUGGUGUUGUCUUUGCUAAUAUCUGAUAAACUAAAACUGGAACAGAAGCUUGAGGUAAUGGAAUGGCUAUUUGUUAAUGAAGAUUCUCAUUCUGGCCUUGAUUGUCCAACAUUAGCUGCUUGUAACUUUACAUUGGUUAACAAAAUAUUUUUAAGUAGCUGUGAAGACAUAAGCCGAUCAAGAGUACUAAUGCUUGGCCGAGUUGUUUUGUUUAUUAACUUCCUUAAAUAUUCUCUCAAGCUUGAUGAGGAUGUGAAAGUAGCGAUCACUCAGAAGCUUAAUUGGUUUUUGGAUGUUUUAGUUGAGGAAGAUGUAUAUUCUUGUAUGCUUGUUUUGCAACUUCCAUCAUUAUCUGGCUCUGGAAAAACAGCUGAACUGGUGUGGCAGCCUAUGUUUACUCUCCUCUUGCAAGCAUUCAAAACCUUCAUGAUAGUGAUCUCUUCAAGUACAGCUUGGAGUGAGUUGCAGUCCUUCUUACUUGAGAACUUCUUUCAUCCUCACUUCCUUUGUUGGGAGAUUGUGAUGCAAUGCUGGUGCUUUGUACUGCAAUAUGCUGAAACACAAAUGGCAAACAACAUAAUUAGCAAACUAUGUUCAUUACUUAAGCUGUUGGGAUCCUCCGACUCAGUUUUCCUUCCUCAUUCUUCCUUCAGGAAAUUGACAAGAUCAUUUUGCUUGCUUCUAACCUGUUGUGAAAAAUCAGUGGUUGAAGAGGUGUUUAUGUCAAUUGUUGGUGAUCGGAGAUCACACUUGUCACAAAUAUUGUGUUUGGCUCUGUUCAUUGAAGGGUUUUCGCUUGAUUUGCUGUCUGAUGAGUUCAGAAAAACUUCCAUUCAAACAAUUAUAUCUGAUUAUUUUGACUUCAUCGACAACUUUAAUGAAGCUUCAUUGACGGCAUGCUCCUCCAGUUUGUUUGGCAUUCCAGUUUUUAUUCUCUCUGCUUCUUUGCAAUCUUCUUUGCAAUCAAUCAAGGAAAGACUACCUGAGAUUGAUGCAAGGGCCAUAAAGUUUUUGGUUUCAAUUAGUUCUAACUACAAAAGUACUGUUGACAAAGAAAUAAAGGACCAUUCUCUUCGGCUUUUUGGUGAAAUUCUAGUGAUCAUUUCAUAUCUGGAACAUCUAUACAAAUCGAAUGAUAUUGAACAGGCCAUAAUACAGAUUGAAAAUAUCUUUAUCACUGAGCCUCCAGUCCUUUUGUACAAAUGCAAACCACAUUUGGCUCAGUUCCUCACUGGACUUGUUCACAUGGAAUUUUCAGAAAGUGACGAUGGUGAUGCAAAAAGUCGUGCUGCAUGGGAAUUAUUUCACUUGAUCUUGACAGAGCGACACUGGGCAUUCACACAUUUAGCAUUAACUGCAUUUGGAUAUUUUGCUGCUCACACAACUUGCUGUCAGCUAUGGAGAUUUCUUCCACCAGAUGCAGCACUUUCAUAUGAUAUAAUUUCAGGAACAGAGACAACUAAGGAGAGAUUUUAUGCUGAGCUUAGAGAAUUUCUUAAUAAGCAAAAUGCUCUUCUAACAGUUGCACCAAGUCCUGAACAGCUUGAGCUGCUACGACGAGAAGGUCUUAUGCUUAAGCAGAUGAUCCAUAACAUUUCAGUCAAUGCUGAAAGGAGAGAUGGAUGUGAGAACAUGGAAAUUGAUGACAAGAACCAAUUAAAUAGCAUGGAAGUUGAUGACAUGAACCAAACAAAUAAAAAAAGGAAACUUCCAGCAGGAAUUAGCAAAGGAGUGGAAUUGCUGAAAAACGGUUUGAAGAUUAUUGGUGACGGUCUUUCAGAGUGGCAGCUUAAUCAGUUUGAAACCAAUGAACUGCAUGUCAAGUAUUCUGCUCAGUUUUCUCGACUUGAAGAUGCAAUUACUCACUUCGAGGAAUUGGCUGGGAGUGGCGAGGUAUGUUUAUCUCCUAUUCAGAGCAAUUUGCGAGGUUGAUUACCCUUUGAUGUAUGUUUUAAAGUAAAGAAAUCUAAUAUAUCAACUAGUAUACUGUAUGAUACUGAAGUGCCAGAUGUUCAGUAAAAUUUAAUUCCCUCUUGUAUUGAUUCUGAUACAUCAAAAAAUAUAUUGUAGAGAUUUAUUUAGCAUUUAUGUAGCAACUACUCCCGCCAUUCCUAAACUUUUGAUGUUUUUAA